AUGAAGCGAGUCUUGCUUGCAUCUGCGACAUGCCUGCCUCUGCUAGCAGUUGUUGUCGUGCGCCGUUUCCACACUGCCACGGAGGUGUCGCACCGUGCGUCUACUGCCAUCGUCCGAACGCCAGCGCACCUCGCCGGCAGCAACGCAUUGGCUGGCACUGGCAAGCGAGUGCCACGGCAUCAGCCACGACAGCAGGUGGCCGCGUGGUGGGACGAUCGUGUGUACAGGAUGGCAGGCACGGAUCAGUGCGUCCGCCACGCGUACGCGAAUGCUGCCAUUUCUUGCUCGCUGCCCUCGUGCAACGCCACCGCUCAAAAGCCGACGCUCAUGGUCAAAGGGUCAGUGUGGGCAGCCUACAUGCGGUUUGAGCUCGCACGGCUCGCACUUCCGGCGGAGCGCCCGAAUAAUCACUCUCGCCACCUGAUCGACGCCGAGCUGCAGCUCACCGGGACGCGCCGCUGCUAUCACCGCGCAGCGUCGCGCCUCGGUGCCAACUUCACGCACCGCCUGUACCUUUUGCCUGGCUCAGCAGUCCCACCGGACACGGAGCUCCACGAGGGCCGGCGUCUGCUCGCGCAGUGGUCACACAUAGUCUACGAUGGUCGGCGGUGCAAAAAGAGAUGGGACUUAGAGAGGCCGUUGACCCUUCCCACCUCCUCCUCCCGCAGCCCACUCGCCUUCCUGAUCCGCGACGCCAGCGAUAGCGGUGGCCGAUCGCUCGACGCCGCUGCAGCCGAUGGCCCGAAGGCGGAAUUCGACGAGGUGCUCUCCGAGCCGGAAGCCACCUUUGAGCGCCGCUUCGACGCCGCACGCACGACUGCCAACCGUGGCGGCGGGCGCAGUCGCCGUGAGGCUGCCUCGAAGCCAGCUCGCGGCGUCCGGGACUCGUGUGCCUACUACUCGCCGGCACGGCCAGCCGAAUUGGACUGGCCGCGGCUCCGCCUGACAUUUGCAUGGCGGUGUUGCGAAGCCGAGAGUGGCGUCGUCAACGAGGAUGCCAUCCGCGGCGGCGCCACGUCCGCCGCCUCUCGACUCGUCGGGGACGCGGGCACUCUCGUCAGUGAAAGCGUGGGCGGAAGCUCAGAGCGUGGAGCGGAGGCCGACGCGGAGGGCGGCAGCGGAGAGGGCGGCGCUGUGGCCAAGCCUGCAUGGAUGAGCCGUGCCGACUGGGCCCGGACGGCACGCUUCCGGCCGCCAGCGCUCCAGUCGCACACUCGGUUGGCCUCUAACCCUCCCAGCUGGGUGGAGGAGGCGGCAUGGCGCCUGCCGCUCCGUCGAUGCAGCGGCGAGCCGCCUCCAGGUCGAGGCAGCGGCGGCCAACGCGCGCCGCCGCGAGGAGCUUCCCCGGCCGUCUCUGUCAUUGUGAGCUUUCGCGAGGGUGAGACGAUGACAGCACAGUGCAUGCGCGCACUCUUUGCGUGCGCCGACGAGCUGCCCUCCGCCGAGUACUUGCUCGUCGAUGACGGCUCCACCAAUUCCACCGGCGAGCUACCCGCGGUUCUCGCUUCGCUGGCGCACGCGCAUGGUAUACGUUACCAGCUCGCGCGCUACCCUACGGCUGUCGGCUUCACGCUCGCGACAACGGAGGCGGCGAGGCGCGCGAACGGCACCUACCUCCUCUUCGUCAAUAACGAUGCCUUUGUCACGCGCGGCGCGCUGGCAGCGAUGCUCGCCACCUUUGACACGCUGGCGGAUGUCGGAGACGUCGUCCAGGAGGCUGGCGCGAUCGCGUGGUCCGACGGUUCCGGCGCGUGGUUCCGCAAGGGCUCGCACGCGACCCGCGGCGAUAACGGCGGCCACGACCGCAGCUACGCGCGCGAAACCGAUUACGUCUCUGCGGCCUUCGCGCUGGUGCGGCGCACCGACUUCGUCGGCCGCGGCAUGUUUGACGUUCACUACUCGCCGGGCUACUACGAGGACACGGACCUCUCCUUCACGCUGCGCCAGGCUGGCCUGCGGGUCAUCUACCAGCCGCUCGCACGCGUCCUCCAUCUCUCGCACUCCACCUUUGGCGCGGAGGUGGAGAAGCGGGUCGCGCGCAACCGGCGCCACUUCGUCGGCAAGUGGACGGCCGCGCUGGCUUCGCACUUGCCUGCUUGCCCCGCUGCCACCGCAUGCCGAGCGCCCAUGAAGAGGCUAUACACGCACGUCGCCGCGACGCGCCUCUACUCGUACCGCAUCCUGUGGUUGGACAUGAUCCUCCCGGAGCCGGACCGCGACUCGGGGUCGGUGCGCACAAUGACGCUGCUUAAGCUGCUGCUCGCGAUGCGUUGCCACGUCUCGAUCGCAACGGUGCAGCGCUCUGGCGCCGGCCGGCACGCACGCUAUGCGAGGCUGCUGCAGUUCCUCGGAGUGCGAGUGCUGCCUCCGCUCGCGCAGUUGUCUGCGGCGGGCGCUGCUCACGAACCGUACGAUUUCAUCAUCGUCGCUCGGCGCGACACCUACGCGGCGGCGGCGCCGCUGCUGACGCGCACCUACCCAACCACCCCCGUCGUCUUCGACACCGUCGACCUCCACUUUGAGCGCGAGGCGCAGCGCCGACGCUUCAUGGCGCUACACGCCGCCGAGUCGAAGUUGCUUGCUUCUGUCUUUGGUGCCGCCGCCGCCACCACCAGCCGCGCGGCGGCCACGGCGGCCGAGCACGCCAGAAUGCGCGCGAGAGAGCUACGGGCUGCCGCGACGAGCACAAUCGCCGUGGUCGUCAGCGAGGCCGAACGAGCCGCGCUCCGGCGAGAGCUACAAGCGGAGGGCUUCUCGGCGCCGCCCGUGGUUGUGAUUGCAAACGCGCACGAGCCAGCGCCGCCCACCGUGGCGCUCUUCCGCGAGCGGUCGGGGCUCGUCUUUGUGGGCAACUUCAAUCACCUACCCAACCGCGACGCCGUCCUCUUCUUCGCCGCGCACGUCAUGCCGCGCCUCCUCUCCGACCCGCGCGCCCGAGCCGAUCGCGGGUUUAUCUUCCACGUGGUCGGAGCAAACCAGAUGCCCCCCGCCGUCCUCGCCCUCAACGGGACGGACGCGGGCGAUCCCGCCAAACUGCCUCGCAUCCUCGUCCACGGCCACCUCUCCGAGCUGCGCUCGCUCUACGGCCGGAUGCGGCUCUCGGUCGCCCCGCUGCGGUGGGGGGCCGGCGUCAAGGGCAAAAUCAACAGCGCGCACCAGCUGGGCGUCCCGGUCAUUUGCACGAGCGUCGCCGCCGAUGGCAUGCACGCGGUACACGGCCGCGACGUGCUGAUCGCCGACAGGCCGGCCAGUUUCGCACGCCAGACGCUGCACGCCUACUACAACGCGUCGCUUUGGCGCCGCCUCGCCAACGGCGGCCGCCGGCUCCUCGAGCGGCGCUUCUCCGCGUCGCGCGCCGCCUAUGGCCUCAUCGAGGUGAUUUCUCGGCUGAAGGACACGAGCUUGCCGAUGGCUAGCAAGUCGAUCGCCCUCGCCGAGCCGCGGCACCGGGCGUACGUCGACCUGCGCGCCGCGGCCGGGAUGGGGGGUUACUUCUUCAACUUAAGCCGGCUCGAGGGGCACUUGCCACCGUCGUCGGACCAUGUAGCCCCCGACGCCUCCACGUGCCGACCCCCCGGGGGAGGGGAAGGCGCGUCGCGCGUGCGUGCGGCGCCAGGGUCGUCGUACUUUCUGCGCGUCGUCGGCUCAAGUGUCGGCGUCGAGCAGAAUCGAUCCACGGGCGUUUUGGUGGGGUGA